CUUACUCCUCACCUGGGCUCUGACAGCCUCUCUCCGUCCCAGGAGCCAGGAGUGAACGCAGGAGUGUCUUGCCUGCCCGGGACACCAGGUCCCAAGAGCUCCUGAUUGGCAAGUGACAUCUGUGGGAUGUGAGGCUGGUUGGAAGCCAGAGGUAAACUGCCAGGUCACUACCCCCACUAUGUCACAGGUGAUGUCCAGCCCCCUGCUGGCAGGAGGCCCCGCAGUCGGCUUGGCUUCCUGUGAGGAACCCAGGAGGGCCCUGCACCCAGCACCCAGCCCCGGCCUGCCGCCCCAGUGUCCUUACUACACCACAGAGGGCUGGGGAGCUCAGGCCCUCAUGGCCCCCAUGCCCUGCAAGGAGCCCCCCAGUAGGCUCCAGCAGGCCCCACAGGCUGGAGCCAAAGCCAGCUGCCUCCUGCAGUCCCCUGGGGAGCAGGCCUCGGGAGCCUUGGAGGACCUUGACUCCUACAUUGACUUCUCGCUGGAGAGCCUCAACCAGAUGAUUCUGGAACUGGACCCCACCUUCCAGCUGCUCCCUCCAGGGCCUGGUGGCCCCUGGGCUGAGCCCACCCAGAGCACUACCUUGAGGAGAAAGAAAGAAGAGCCUGAAGCUUUGGAUAUAAAGUACAUCGAGGUGACCUCGACCAGAUCAAGGUGCCACGACGGCCCCCAGAGCUGCUCCAGCCCGUCUGUCACCCCACCCUUUGGCUCCCCUGGCUGUGGCGGCCUUCUCCUUUCCAGAGACAUCCCCCGAGAAACUCGGAGCAGCAGUGAGAGCCUCAUCUUCUCCGGGAGCCAGGGCAGGGGGCACGAGCGCCCCUCUCCCACCUCGGGGGCCCCCUCCUCUCAUCCCCCACCCUCUCCCAGCAUCUCCAUCCCUGGAAUGGGAAACAAGGCCUCAGGCCCCCAUGGCUUGGGCUCCCCACUGGUGGCUUCCCCAGCCUUGGAGAAGGGGCCGGGGGUCAGGGUCUCCAUGCUGUCAGCCAGCCCAGCAUCUGAUGUCAGUUACGUGUUUGGAAGCCAUUCCCUUCUCCGCUCCAGCAUCUCCAGCCAUCAGUCAUCUUCGAGGUCCUUGGAAAGCCCAGCCAGCUCUUCCUCCAGCCUCCACAGCCUUGGCCCAGUGUCCUUGUAUACGAGAGCCAGUGACCUCCAGGUCCCCAGCAACCCCACCCCAAGCAUGGGCCAGCCCAGAGCAACCCAUUCCUCACCACUGGCCAAGGAACAUGCCAGCAGCUGUCCCCCAUCCAUCACCAACUCCAUGGUGGAUAUACCUAUCGUGCUGAUCAACGGCUGCCCAGAACCAGGAUCUCCCCCAUCCCAGAGGACCCCAGGACACCAGGACUUUGUCUGCCCUGGGGCUACUUCUUCCAGCAACCUCUGUCCAGCCACCAGGAGCCACAGCCAGACCCUGCCAGAUGCCCCUCUCACCACAUCCCCAGAGGGUCCUGCCAGGGACAUGCAGCCCACCAUGAAGUUUGUGAUGGACACAUCUAAAUACUGGUUUAAGCCAAGCAUCACCCGAGAGCAAGCCAUCGAGCUGCUGAGGAAGGAAGAGCCGGGGGCUUUCAUCAUGAGGGACAGUUCUUCAUACCGAGGCUCCUUCGGUCUUGCCCUGAAGGUGCAGGAGGCCCCUGCACCUGCCCAGAACCGAACAGGCGAGGAUAGCAGCGACCUCAUCCGCCACUUCCUCAUCGAGUCUUCUGCCAAAGGGGUGCAUCUCAAAGGAGCCGAUGAGGAGCCCUACUUCGGGAGCCUCUCUGCCUUCGUGUGCCAGCAUUCCAUCAUGGCCCUGGCCCUGCCCUGCAAGCUCAUCAUCCCAAAGAAAGAAUUGGGAGGUGGAGACGGGGCCUCAGACCCCUCUGCAGACGGCCGGGCCUCCUGCCUGAAGAAAUCUGCGGGUUGCCAUGCCCUGUACCUGAGUUCCGUGAGCGUUGAGACCCUGAGCGGAGCCCUGGCCGUGCAAAAGGCCAUCUCAACCACGUUGGAGAGGGAUGUCCUCCCCACACCCUCCGUGGUCCACUUCAAAGUCACCGAGCAGGGCAUCACCCUGACCGACAUCCAGAGGAAGGUGUUUUUCCGGCGCCAUUACCCCUUCGCCACCCUCCGCUUCUGUGGCAUGGACCCCAAGCAACGGAAGUGGCAGAAAUACUGCAAGCCCUCCCGAAUCUUUGGGUUUGUGGCCAAGAGCCAGACCAAGUCACAGGAGAAUGUGUGCCACCUCUUCGCGGAGUAUGACACUGUCCAGCCAGCCUCGCAGGUCAUCAGCCUGGUGGGUGCUCUGCUGCAGGAGCCAGAAAGGAUGUAGGGGAGGGAGCUUCCUGUGUGCCUUCCUAGGCAUCACAGUGGGCUUGCUCAGGAUGCCCCCUCCACCCUGAGCAAGAGGCCUCUUACCACCCUGAUGGACCAAUCCCCUGGACUGGAGGAGAACGGUACCAAGUUGAAACCCUUGAACUCAGUAUGACCUUCAGCGGUGACCUUCAUCCAGACCCCCCCCCAACCCGGGCCUCAGUUUCUUUAACCUUAAAGGAGGCCAACAGACAGGAUCAGCUGUUCUUCUCAGACGUCCGUAGGCAUCUCAACAAGCUUCCUGUGAUUCUGAAGCACAACCACAUCUGAGGACCCCCACACGAAAAUAACCUCUGAAGACCCCUGACUCCAACCUCCUGGACACUCCCGACACACUAGCCUGAGCUAGAGACCCGUGACCCCUGCUUCAUGGCAAACGCAGGUACGGGGUUGGGACUCCUGGGCCCUGGCCCGAGGCUGGCCUGAGAGCAGAUGGGUUGCCAGCAUUGAGGACCAAAGGAGGGAUGGACUGACUCUCUUUCCCUCCAUACCUGUUCCUUUCCCCAUUUCCCUGACAGCUUAUUGAGCUGCUAUUCCCAGGGCAAAGCUAGAUCCGCCUGCCCUGGAUUCUUCAGCCAACGUGGCCCUGGUUGUUACGCAGGUUAACACGUGUAAACUUGCCCCCGUGGUCAGAGAUGACCCAGCUGUCCUCACGAUCUUGAUGUCUAAUCCCUUCCAUUGAAAAUGAGUGUCAGCUCCAUCUUUUCUUUCAAUUUCUCAUAAGCGCCUGUCCCACAACUGCCCUGGUGUUACUUGUGUCACACACCUGGGCGUGGUGGCAGCGAGACCUCUGCUCACUCAAGCAGACACAGGAGCUGGCUCUCUCUGGUUCUGCCUCAGCUCCAGUCUUGCUGAGUCCUCUGUGUUCCAACAAUACACACACACACACACACACACACUCACACACACACACAAACACACACACACACAGAGCCCUCUACGGUACUGUGGCGGCAACUGACCUCGUAACCGCAUGGGGGCAGCAGAGAGUCAAGAAUGCAAACAGGCAGCCACCCCAAGAGGCUUGGAGAAGCUGGGUGGUCUUUCCCGCCCCACCCACACCCCCCUCAACCCUAACCCUAACCCAUUAAGACCUCCAAGAAUCUGGAAUUGUUUGUCUAGCAGACCUGGGGUCCUAAGGAAACCAAACUAUGAGGGUAGAAGAUAAGACUCAGAAAAGAAGCCCGUUUUUGCUCCAUGAGGGACCAGUGCCUGCCCCCGCCCAGCUGGGGGCCCUGCCAGAGAAUCAUUAUCUUUGGCCAGAGCUGGGCCUGAAGGGUUAUUAUUUCAACCCAGAAAACCAAACUGGACUGAAGCGGCCCUGGGCUGGCGGGACUGGCUGAGACCAGCCCCCACCCCGCCCCGGCCUGUGGUCAGGCACUGCCCCACCCUGGAGACUACGGAAUCCAGACAAGGUUCUCAAGGUCACAGUGCCCAAGUUCUCAAGGUCACAGCCUGGGAGCUGGCAGAGAGCACCCCCCCCAUAUAUCUAUGGGGGCCUUGUAGCUCCCGUCAUGGAAAAUAAAGUGUCUGUCUUUGCGCAAGAGUUGGUCCUAC